CGGACAUGGAGUUGGUUAUGCCUUUUGGAGACAAGCAUGUUUCUUAGAGAGCCAAGCUGGGUCUAUCCUCCCAAAUCCUGGAGGAGCUACAAGGACCCCUUCAAUCCAGAAUCCAGCACAUGCCUUACAUGCCUGACCAGUCAGCAGCCUGUUUUGCGCAGCUCUUGGUUGCCGCAGAUUGGCAGGCAUGUUAAUGGAUGACGUCUACUACGUCAACCGCAGCAAGAGGUACCGCACGGCCGCCCAAGAGAAAGCCCAGGAGGCGCUGCAUGGCCAGCUGCGACAGGAGAACUACUACCUGACCUUGGUGAAAGCCUCCUCGGAGCGUUCCGACGAGGCGGCCCAGAAGGACCGGCACCAGCUGGAGAAGGAUUUCAUGGGCCUCGACCGCACGUUUCCGGCGUUGCCUCCCUUGCGACAUCCCGAGGACAAGGAGCUGAUGCUCGGCAGACCCUUCGCAAUGGCAGACCCUUCGAGCCUCAGUAGUUGCGAUCGGACGAGCCCUUCGAGCCUCACGUUGUCUAUCGGACACCAAACAUCGGAUGUCGACAUCGACAUCGGUCGUCCUCCCGUUUCUUCCCUGAAAAAUUUGGACCGAACCGCGAAUCUGUUUCUCCGGACCAGCGGACCCAACAAGAAAAUGGCUGAGCCACACCGCAGCUGGACACAGCUGCAGGCGCUGUUAGCGGAGCGCCUGCGACGGAUCAUCUUGGCCUACAUCGAGCGAGGCCGGUCGCUGAGCACGAACACGCGAGCCGCGGGCCUGGCGCGCGCCUCCUUAGCGGCGACCACCGCCAGGGGCAUCCUCUCAGGUUAUCAGCAAGGAUUGGACCGCAUGGCGGGCAUGUGUUUGCUGGCGAUCAGCUCGGGUGAACCUCAACUGUUGGGCCUACAGGACUUGCAUUUAGCUAGGAUCGAGGAAGAUGCCUUCUGGCUGCUGGCGUGCCUCUUGGAGGACGUGCUGGACCCGGACUUCUUCGGGGCUGACGUGCGGGGCAAUCUGAAGAUGGUGAACAUUGGAGGGCUUGGCUUGAGGUCCAUUAUCCUUGACAAGGCCAAGGUGUACUGUCCAUCGAUUUAUGCUACCUUGGGACCAGAGGUCUUCGAAAGCUGCUUGGGCUUGUUGCUGGAUGGAUGGGUGCUGUCGUGCUUUAUCGGUUGUGCACCGCAUCGCCUACUUGAGCACUUCUGGGACCAUUUGCUUCUUCCCUCGCCAUAUCAUCCAGCAGACCGUAGCAGGUCGCUGCCGAGUGGAUUGAAGCUCAUCAUUGGCUUUGGUCUAUGUGCGCUGAAGUGCUGCGGUGAAGAUCAUUUUAAAGAUUCUCAGGAGCUCCAACGGUUACGCGAGCUGUCCAAGGUGUCGGACCCGGAGGUGCUGGCCUUGGAGGCCACGGAGCUCAUCGUUACCAUGAAGCAAAUCUUUGAGAAGUGGCCAGAGGAGAAGGACAAUGACUUCUUCUUGAGUUUCACCCGAAUCCUCUCGGAGCUUGCCGAAGAGGCCGAGGACUUUCAAUGCCUUUGGGACGACGUGCGAUCGCGAAAGCAGGCCAUCGCAGACUGUGCUGGGAAUUGUGACGAGCAACUGAUGACCUUGGCGCAGCGCACGCACUUCAGCGUGGAGGAAAUUGAGCGUCUACGGAAAGAGGUAACUGACAUGCGUCGCAAUCCCAAGCAGCCUGCCAAAGUGGAUUUGGACAGUUUCAAGGAUCUGGUGAAACGUGCAGUCCCGGAGUUUCCCACGGAUUUGUGUGGGCGAUUAUUUCAGAAAUUGGAUUGUUUCAGAGUGGGCCGAUUGUCUUUUGUGGAGCUGGCCUGUGGAAUGUCGGCAUUAUCCUUGGGCACCAUGGAUGAGAAGCUCCAGGUCUGCUUCGACAUGUUUGACUCCGAAGGCCGCCGUGCCUUGUCUUUGUCGGAUGUGAACGACCUCUGUAGCACGCUCUUCCGAGUGGCGCUCUCCAGUGGCAUGGGCCAAAAGCAUGCUUCCACUGACGAGGUGGUGAGCCUCUUGUCACGGAGGUCGACCCCCAUCGAGGACGACCUGGGCAAUGCUGCCACAUUCGCAGGCGGAGGCUCCAGCUCCUUCCUGCCGAGCACGCCACCUCAGAGGAAGAAGACACUGGUCCCGAAGAACCCCUCAGAGCAGGACCCCUCGCGCUCCAUGCUCUUGCGUCUCUUGGCCGCUGCCAAGGUGCGCACCCCCGGAGGGCCCUGGCUGGUGGCCUUCGAAGACUUCUGCAAUGCUGCGCGCAUGGAGCCGGCCCUGCUUUGUUUAUUUUCCUGGUGUUUGCCACGGCCGCCCCAGAAUUCCUUGUUUCUUGAGAGUACAAACUCUCAGAGUGAGCAACCUGGAUUUGUUUCACGGUGGUGCACCAAGAUUUGCCGGUGGUUUCGUUCAAGAUGACAGACGAACAA